AGGGAAAUUUUGCGUUCGAGAGUAAAGGUGUUACAUUGGACGUCGUUACUUUUCAGUUUUAUUUUCACAUCCUGCUCUCAACUAUAUAAUGAACAAUAUUCAGUUGUUUAUUGUCGAAUAUUUUGAAUUAUUAUAGCAACCAUGGAUGUGUUUUACAUUUUGUUUAUAAUUUCCAUAUGCGCUCUUCAAUUUUCGGAGUGUGUUGAAAAUGAGCCGGUUUGUUCAAAAUUUCCAUUCGCCGAACAAACGCUGGAAAGAAUGCUACGUGUGGAAGCCAAAGUGGACCAAUGGGACAAAGAGAUGAGAAGAUUAGAAGAGACUAGCCUGUCUGUCUUGGAACAUCGUAAGGAAAAAACGGACAAACAACUACAAAAGAUGCGAGACGAAAUUGAACAGGUGCAAGAUGGAACAACUACUGUAGCAACCAUAAUCGCAUUUAAUGCGUAUACAACAGUCAAAGGGGAAUAUGCUCAUAACCAAACUCUCAUAUUUCCUGACGUCCUGCUUAAUGAAGGUGGGGGUUAUGAUCCGGCCACCGGAAAUUUUACUGCACCAGUCGCCGGUCUUUAUCACUUCACAGCUCAAGUAUGCAAUCAACAUGCAGAGGCAAUGGUUAUUACUAUUAUGCAUGGAGAAGACAGACUUGCUAUCAGCACAACAUACGAGGACAAAUACAGUAGCUGUAGUUCUACCAGUGCGCCAGUAAUUAUGGAGGUUGGAGAGAGUGUGUACAUUAAAACGUUGCACAAUGACAACUAUUUGCAGUUUGAUGCCUAUCGACGGCCGGCUUUUAUGGGUGUUUUAGUGCAGGGCCGCCUAUAAAACUGUUGUAUGUCUACGUCUUUGAGGCAAGAAAAUGAAUAUUAUUAAAAUUGCCGGAAGGAAUACCUAAAUAAAAUAUACAGUAGGGGAUAUUUAAGGUCAGUCGAUACACCUUCUGUUCUUGGUCGGUAGUCGGAAUCCGUUUUUACAACCAAAUUGGCGGCUUAAAUUUUCUUUUAUAACCGAUAUUUACGUACGUAAAAAGAAAUAUAAACACGGACACGAAGAUCUGAUCAUGUGAAAGUUCUAUUCAGUAAAUUUAUAAUGUUGUUCUGACAGGAAUACUAAACGUAUAUCGAAUGACCAUUGAUUGACGAUACAUUCAAGAAGUGUUUCAUUACAUGGUAUUAGAGAUAGAUAUUCACAGAUAUUUUAAAACGUUUACUUUAGCUCAGCACACAUGUGUAGAAUAUAGAUCGGUAAUAUAGCACACAACAUAGACUGGUGGUUUAUAUAAUUUGUUUCGUUUUGUUGGUUGGACGUCUCACCGACACAACUAAAGGUCAUAUGGCGACAUUUACAGCUUUGGUGGCGGUGCCCCUCCGUGGAUAUUUUCAUCACGGGCGGGCACCUGGGUAGGACCACCGACCUUCCGUAAGCCAGCUUCCUAACAUUCAGA